GGAUUGCAGUUAGUUGAAGAGGCGUUACGACGUGAAGCGGAAAUGGAAAAGCGUAAAAAAGAGGAGAACAUCGAUCUGAACGCCGUUUUGACGGAGGAUGAGAAUGAAGAGAUUGCGUACGAGAAUUGGAAAUUACGUGAAAUGAAGCGAUUGAAACGAAAUCGUGAUGAACGAGACGCGUUAGUGAUUUGUUUGUGA